AUGUCAGUACCAAAAGCGGUAACCCCGAGCUACACUCGGGCUUACCAUGCAGCGCUGCAUAGGGAGUUCCUGCAGAGCUUACCUUGUCCUGCGCUCCCGCGAUGUGUCCCCUGCAGCGUCCCUGGGCCAUCUCCUCCGGCCGAUGCCGUCAUCCGGCUUCUGUGUUCCGGUCCCUGUGACGUCGGGACGUACGGGCGCCAGAACCGGCGGCAAAUUUGAAAUUUUUAAAAAAUUUCAUUUUUUUUAAAAAUGAUUUUGUCCCGAGUGCUUUGUCCUGCGCCCUGCCUGCAUUUUUACUGUUCUUUCUG